AUGGCGGCGACGGCAGCGGCCGGGGCUCCGGGGCCUGCGGUCCCCGUGGCGGCGGCCGGGGCUCCGGGCGCGGGGAGCGCAGCCCCCGGGUCUCAGGGAGUGUUGAUCGGGGACAGGCUGUACUCCGGGGUUCUUAUCACCUUGGAGAAUUGCCUCCUGCCCGACGACAAGCUUCGCUUCACGCCGUCCAUGUCGAGCGGCCUCGACACCGACACUGAGACCGGCCUCCGCGUGGUGGGCUGCGAGCUCAUCCAGGCGGCCGGCAUCCUGCUCCGCCUGCCGCAGGUGGCCAUGGCUACCGGACAGGUGUUGUUCCAGCGCUUCUUUUAUACCAAGUCCUUUGUGAAGCAUUCCAUGGAGCAUGUGUCGAUGGCCUGCGUACACCUGGCCUCCAAAAUUGAAGAGGCUCCAAGACGGAUACGAGACGUCAUCAAUGUGUUUCAUCGCCUCCGACACCUUAGAGAGAAAAAGAAACCUGUGCCUCUACUGUUAGAUCAAGAUUAUGUUAAUUUAAAGAACCAAAUUAUAAAGGCGGAAAGACGAGUUCUCAAAGAGCUGGGCUUCUGUGUCCAUGUGAAGCACCCUCACAAGAUAAUCGUUAUGUACCUUCAGGUGUUAGAGUGUGAGCGUAACCAACACCUGGUCCAGACGUCAUGGAACUACAUGAACGACAGCCUUCGCACAGACGUGUUUGUAAGGUUCCAGCCUGAGAGCAUCGCCUGCGCCUGCAUUUACCUCGCCGCCCGCACGCUCGAGAUUCCUCUGCCUAAUCGUCCCCACUGGUUUCUUUUGUUUGGAGCAACUGAAGAAGAAAUCCAGGAGAUCUGCUUAAAAAUCCUGCAGCUGUAUACCCGGAAAAAGGUUGAUCUGACACACCUGGAAAGUGAAGUGGAAAAGAGAAAACAUGCCAUCGAGGAGGCAAAGGCACAGGCAAAGGGCCUGCUUGCUGGUGGCACACAGGUUCUGGACGGCACAUCCGGAUUCUCUCCCGCCCCCAAGCUUGUAGAAUCUCCCAAAGAAAGCAAAGGGAGUAAGCCCUCUCCAUUGUCCGUGAAGAACACCAAGAGGAAACCAGAGGCCUCAAAGAAAGCCAAGGCUGACAGCCCUGUGAACGGCUUGCCAAAGGGGAGAGAGAGCCAGAGCCGGAGCCGUGAGCAGAGCCCCUCAAGAUCCCGGUCAGGGUCUGCCUCCCCAAAGAGAAGGAAAAGUGACAGCGGGUCGACAUCCAGUGGGUCCAAGUCUCAGAGCCGCUCACGGAGUCGCAGUGACUCACCCCCAAGACAGGUGCGCCCUGGUGCCCCGUACAAAGGCUCCAAGGUGAGGAGCUACACCAAGUCCAGGGACUGCAAGUACCCCGCCCAGAAGCCUCCAAAGUCCCGGAGCCGGAGCUCAUCCCGCUCUCGUAGCCGCUCACGGGAGCGGGCAGAGAAUCCUGGAAAAUACAAGAAGAAAAGUCAUUACUACCGAGAUGAGAGGCGGGAGCGUUCUCGGUCAUAUGAGCGAACGGGUCGCCGCUACGAGCGGGACCACCCGGGGCACAGCAGACAUCGCAGGUGAGCGCAGGGCCCUAUAGUGGCUGCUGGACAGCUGCUUCUCAGGGCAUGGAGUCCUGCCCCCCCCGCCCCAGCCCUCAUGCCACACACCUUGUGACUGUCCCUUCUGCAUGGCUCCCUUUGGGAAUGCCAUUGAUUCUUUGGACCUUGUUAUGAAUUUCAAGGUGGAAUUGAGAGGGCAGUGAGGUGCCCCUCAGCUGGCCGGCCUGUGCACCUACCCACGACCCUGUGCCUGGGUGUGAGGCACAUACCCUUUUAAGCACGGGGCACCCCCAGCCUAGUGGCUGGUGGAAGGAACAGAAGUGCACACGGUGACGGUGGUGGAGCUCGGUGCUAAAGACAAGCUGUCUCCUCUCCCCAUACUGAUGCUCAAUUACGUUAAACCAAGAAAAAUGAUUUUUAGAACCUUUGCCUAUAUUAGGUUGUACUUAUGUACAUAUUUUGCGGUGUUUAACAGUACAAUACGAGAAAAUGGCCUUAACAGUCCCUUACUCUCUGUCAAUGUUGUAAAUAAACAUGUGUUGUAUACAAGUGAAAGCUGUAUAUGAAAACUCAACUUGGAUUCUGUCAGCUUGAGACUUGUGUAGAGAAUUCUGAUUUUUAAAAUGUGAAGGUAUUUCGAUCUGUGUUGAAAGUCGUAUAUUUUUAUCUGUGCAAUGCUGCGUGCAGGCCGCCAGCUCCUAAAUAGAGAAGUUUCCUAUAUAUGCAUUUUAUGUGGUUAAAUAAACAAUUCUCUCUACUCAGGACCUUUGGAACGUUGAAGGGUUUGUAGUUUGUCCCUCUGCUCGCUUGUUAUGACAGUGGUGGUGUGCGCAGCUGGCGCUAUCCGUUGUAGUGGUACGUCCACGCUGUCGCUGCUCCAUCUCAUUAAAGUGUUGGCUUUUGUACUGA